CGAGUUCGAUCCCUGGUUGGGGAAUUAAGAUCCUGCAUGAUAGGGCCAAAAAAGUUAAAUAAAUAGACCUGCUGUAUACACAGGGAACUCUACCCAAUACUCUGUGAUGACCUAUAAGGGAGGAGAGUUGGGAGAGAGAGCGGGUAUAUGUAUGUGUGUGGCUGGUUCUCUUUGCUGUACAACAGAGGGUAACACAGCCUUGUCGAUCAACUACGCACAGAUAAAAAUUAAAAAAAAAAAAAUAGUCAAAGAAGAAACCUGGAGGGUAGAAGACUAGGGGAUUUCCAAACUCCUACCAUCUACUUUAGCGAUUCUGUAUGGGUUUGGGACAGUACCAAUAUUCACUUCUUAUUACUUAUAACUCAGCUCAUUUUACACAUGGGGAAUCUAAGAGCUGAGAGCUGCUCCUAAUCAUCCUGACUAUACAAUUACUAUUACAUGGGCUCCUUAGUGACAGUUUCCAUGUGUGCCAUUUAGCAUGACUUAGUCUAAGACAGCUAUUUUCCUUGAACUCUUGAUUGGCCUGUCAGUUUCCUCAAGGGAAUUCUACCUAGUUAGAUUUUAAUCUCUGAAUUGUGGCCUCGACUAUAAAAGUCUUAGGUGAGAUUUUAAUGGCCAAGAUUUAACUAAAUUUAACAGGUACACCAGUGGGUGUUCCAAUUAUAUACACCAUUAAGGGCUUGAUGUGAGGCUUUAAGAAAUUACUAUUAAAAAAAAACAAAACACACACACACAUACAGUCCAUGUGCAAUGCAGUUUACCAGUGGGGAAGAUUUCAGUGUCUUGGAAGAGUUUCAUAUAAAAAGGAAGCUAGAAAAAUGAACAGUCAGAUUCAACACACUUCAAAGGAAGCUUGAGAUUUGGGGGACUCUCUGCUCUCAAACAGGUAAAAUGCUUUGUAUUUCUAGCACUUUUGUUUAGACUGCAUGCUAUUGUCUAUCUAUAGGGCAUUUUAUACCCUAAGGGCUUAAGGCCAGGUGUGGUGUCUAUAGAAGCCUUGACCUUCUUGGUCCUUGUCACCUCCAGCCACAGAGCUCCAGCCUGUGGGGAACUGCAAGAGCUCAUCAACCAAUAUUUGGUUCUGUCUUUAGCUUCUUCCCCACCAAUGGAAAUUUAAUCUGUGAGAAUUCCACAUGUCAUCAGAUGGCUGAAGGCUGCUGUGGCCAGGGAGGCAGCUGGUCUGGGACUCGGAGCUUUGAAAAGUGUGAGGUCCUCUCUCGUGCUCACAGAUGGUCCAGUCAGCGUCCAUGUGGAGGACCAAAGGACACACACUCAGCAAAACACAAUUAGCACCACAGGGUAACCAUUUAAUGUCAAGCAACUUUUAUUAGCCAGACUUCUAGUCGGAGCCACUUUUCAGAGCAGAUGGCCCAAUUUUCUUUAUCUCAGGAAAGAAUCUCAAUCACAGGGGGAGAAAGUACUAAGGCAAAAAGUGAAUUUGAUAAAGGUGGAAUCCUGAGGUUUGGAUAAGCAAAUAAAUAAUAAAAAUCAGAACAGUUUAAUUCUGAAAAGUACUCAACAUGUUAAAGGACUGGCUUUGUCUCCAAGGCAAGAAAGUACUUUUAUGUGAAAACUGUAGAUCACUCCCACUUUCGUCUUCUGCGGGGUGAGUGACCCCAGUGUGAGGCUUUUCACCAAAGAGGUCUUUGCUUAACCCAGUCUGGGUCUAUUUUUAUCACUGUGUUGAUAUUCCUCAGAAUGGAGCCGACUCCCAAACUUCUAGCUGGAUUAAUCCUGCUGACUCUCUGUGUGGUGGGUUGCUCUGGUCAACACUGGUCCUAUGGGCUGCGCCCUGGAGGAAAGAGAAAUGCUGAGAAUGUGAUUGAUUCUUUCCAAGAGAUAGCCAAAGAGGUCGAUCAGCCAGUAGAACCUAAGUGCUGUGGGUGCAUUGUUCACCAGUCCCAUUCUCCUCUGAGGGACCUGAAGGCAGCUCUGGAAAGUCUGAUUGAAGAGGAAACUGGGCAGAGGAAGAUAUAAAUCCACAGGACCAGAAAAACUGAUAACACUGAAGUAUAAUUCUGAUUUUGAAAUCUAUGACCCAUUUAACAUCUGUAAAUUGUGUGAAUUUCAGAAAUUCUUACACCAGGUUGCAUGGAUUUCGUGAUGGAAGUGCUUGUAUUGGGAAUAAAAUGGCAUAAAUGUUAAGUCUUUCUCUAACUCAGAACUCUGGUGUGGGAGGGGCAUGGUAAGCCUCCAUGCACACUAGUGUGCUAAGUCGCUGAAGUCCAGCUCUUUGUGACCCUAUGGACUGUAGCCUACCACGCUCCUCUGUCCAAAGGAUUCUCCAGGCAAGAAUUCUGGAGUAUGU